AUGACGGUCACAUGGCGGGGACUGGGUGGGCGGAGCUUUCUAUGCACGUGUGUGCCCGGCUACACUGCUGUGACUAUCCGGCCUCGUCUCUAUGGUGCCGGAGGACUGUCAGAGUCCUACAGCCCUGGUGCUGCUAGCCCCGUGAUCAGGGAUAUGGCGCUGCUCAUGUUGCUCGGUGUGUCCCGGAGGAGGAGGCCGGUGUCACCCUGGGAGUUCAAGAGGCCGCUCAGCUCCUGGUGUCUGGGGGAUGGAAGGCUCAAGGCAAGAAGGCGGCGGAGCAGUGUGGAGCAGAGCCAGGUCCUGCACACACUCCCAAGGCAGACCGCUCGGCAUAUUUGGGGGAAAGACAAUUCAAAGCACCUUUUAGAAGCUGCAAAGGUGCUGUCAGGAUGGCCCUCAUCCCACACAAGAACAUGCUGGCAUGGAAAUGCAGGGGGUAGACUUCAUACAGAUACAAAGCAAGGGCUGAAAGAAGUGGAUUCAAAGAAAAUCUUAAAAGCUAUGUUUUCCUAUGUUUGGCCCAAAGACCAUCCUGAUUUACGAGCAAGAGUUGCCAUAUCCCUGGGGCUUUUAGCAUGUGCAAAGGGUAUGAAUAUAGUGGUGCCCUUCAUGUUUAAAUAUACAGUUGAUAACCUGAAUGAGAUGUCCGGGAAUGUGCUGAAUCUGGCUGAUGCUCCAAAUACUUUGACCACCAUGGCAAUGGCUGUCCUGAUUGGCUAUGGUGUGUCUAGAGCUGGCUCUGCUCUCUUCAAUGAGAUGAGGAACGCAGUGUUUGGAAAGGUGGCUCAGAGCUCCAUCAGGAGGAUUGCAAAAAAUGUUUUCUUACAUCUACACAACCUGGACUUGGGCUUCCACCUAAGCAGACAGACAGGAGCUCUGUCCAAAGCCAUUGAUCGUGGGACAAGAGGCAUCAGCUUUGUGCUAAGUGCUCUCGUGUUUAAUUUGGGACCCACAAUGUUCGAGGUGCUCCUUGUUAGCAGCAUCUUGUAUUACAAAUGUGGAGCCCAGUUUGCACUGGUAACACUGGGAACACUUGGAACGUAUACAGCAUUCACCGUUGGAAUCACACAGUGGAGGACAAAAUAUAGAGUAGAAAUGAACAAAGCUGACAAUGAUGCUGGGAAUGCUGCAAUAGACUCAUUGCUGAAUUAUGAAACUGUUAAGUACUUCAACAAUGAAAAGUAUGAAUCUGAAAAAUAUGAUGGCUAUUUAAAGCGAUAUGAAAACGCCUCUCUAAAAACUAUCUCAACACUAGCAUUGCUAAAUUUUGGACAAAGUGUGAUAUUCAGUGUGGGCCUGACAUCCAUCAUGGUGCUAGCAAGCAAAGGAAUCGUAGCAGGAACUCUAACUAUUGGAGACUUGGUCAUGGUAAACGGGCUGCUCUUCCAGCUUUCUCUGCCUCUAAACUUCCUGGGCACAGUCUACAGAGAAACCAGACAAGCACUGAUUGAUAUGAACACCCUCUUCACUCUUAUGGGUGUAGACACGAAGAUUAAGAACAAAAACUUGGCUCCCCUGCUACUGGUCACCCCCCAGACUGCUACUGUCACCUUUGACGAUGUCUACUUUGAAUAUAUGGAGGGACAGAAAGUCCUAAACGGAGUGUCAUUUGAAGUACCUGCAGGGAAGAAAAUAGCAAUAGUUGGAGGCAGUGGUUCAGGUAAGAGCACCCUGGUCCGACUGCUCUUCCGCUUUUAUGAUCCUCAGAAGGGAAACAUUUAUGUGGCUGGCCAGAACAUUCAAGACGUCAGUCUGGAGAGUUUAAGAAAAGCCAUAGGAGUUGUUCCUCAGGAUGCUGUCCUUUUCCAUAACACACUGUAUUAUAAUUUGUUGUAUGGGAACAUCAAUGCCUCACCAGAAGAAGUGUACCAAGUGGCUAAGCUGGCAGGACUGCAUGAUGCCAUUCUCCGUAUGCCUAAUGGAUACGAUACCCAAGUAGGAGAAAGAGGACUAAAGCUCUCAGGGGGCGAGAAGCAGCGAGUAGCUAUUGCAAGAGCAAUGUUAAAGAACCCACCCAUUCUCCUGUAUGAUGAAGCCACUUCUUCCUUGGACUCCAUAACUGAAGAGAAUAUUCUCAGCUCAAUGCGUAAUAUAGUGCAGCACAGGACCUCCGUGUUCAUCGCUCACAGGCUGUCCACCAUAGUUGAUGCAGAUGAGAUUAUUGUACUAGAUAAGGGUAAAGUAGCUGAGAGGGGGACACAUUUCGGACUCCUGGCCAAUCCUGGAAGCCUGUACUCAGAACUGUGGCACACUCAGAGUAACAGGGUCCUAAACAAUAACCGCGACCACAAGACAGACAAGAGCAGCCAACAAAUCUCUAAAGAGGAGGAAAGAAAGAAACUACAAGAGGAGAUCAUCAACAGUGUUAAGGGAUGUGGCAACUGCUCCUGCUGAGCACAUAUCCCAUCUGCCUGGACCUAAAAGGGUUGUGGCACCAGGGAUCUCAAGAUAUCAACUUUGUAAACUCUGAUUUUUCUUUUCCCCAUAUUAAUUGAUUACUAGGCUCCUGUUCCAUAUAUUGAUUUCCUCAUUUCACCCUUCUAAGCUGUCUUUGUCCAAGUUAUUUAAAUCCACUUCUACCAAAGUUUCCCUUCAGCCAUAGCAAGGGGCAAAGGUCAUCUCAUUCCUGUGUCCAACAAGUGGUCCACUAGUUCAGUGUGUUCGAUAAAUGUCUGCUACUGUACAGCAACUAGCCUUAUAUGAUGUAAAUGGGUUACCAAUAAUGACUUUUGUAUCUUUCAUAAACUACAUUAUAACUACUGAACAUUUUUUUAUAUAUAACCUAAUCUAUCUGUAUCUAGAUUGUAAAUCGUGCAUAUUUGGGGCUUCUUGCAGUAAGUCAGUGUUGGAUUUUGUGUUUCAGUAAGUGUAUCAUUCUAAAAAACACAGUAUUUCUUGUAAGUCUGGCCAAAAUAUAGCAUUUAUAACAGCAUUUUAAUAGUAUUUGACUAGGGCUAACGUACCUGUAGUAGGUAUUCUUCAGGGGUGUGGUUCAUCAAAUCGACAGUAUCUAGGUCGACCACUAUAGGUCGACAGUCACUAGGUCGACAUGGAUGGAAGGUCGACAGGGUUUCUAGGUCGACAGGUCUAAAGGUCGACAUGAGUUUUUUGUGGGUUUUUUGGUGUCGUCUUCUUCGUAGAGUGACCGGGAUCCCAAAUUAGUGCACCGCGUCCCCUCGCAUGGCUCGCUUCGCUCGCCAUGCUUCGAGCAUGGUGCCUUCGCUCCGCUACCGCUUUGCUCGGCACACUUUACCGUUCCAAUCGUAGUCCACGUGGAUCGUUAAGUAUGAAAAAAUUCAAAAAAAGAAAAAAAAAUUGAAAAACUCAUGUCGACCUUUAGACCUGUCGACCUAGCACAUGUCGACCUAGAAACCCUGUCGACCUAGUGACUGUUGACCUAUAGUGGUCGACCUAAACAUUGUCGACCUAGAUACUGUCGAUCUUCAGACCGGAUCCCAUUCUUCAGAUAUGGUUAUACAGACAUGAGAGCGAUGUAGUGGGGGGCGGGGGCUAGAAGAACCAGUAACCAAACUGAGUCUGAGAAUGUUAGCCUAAUCCUACAGGUUUAGGUACAGGUGCAGGUAUGUCUAGAGUGAUAGGCUAUGCCAAUAUGAAGCCAAUCCAUGUAUUUAAACAUUAACUAUGGCACAGAGCAUCCUGUCACACUGGUUGUUUGGUAAUGUGUUAUGCAAACAAGUGGUGUCAUCAGAAUAAUGACAUAAACCAAUAUGAUGGCCUGUCUUUUGAAAGGUAUAUUAGGAUUGCACCUGAUUGGUGGUGCUCCCAGAAAUUCUGUAAUAAUGCAACAUUAAGCUCAUCUUGCUUUCGCAAAUCUAGCUUAUUGUUUGAUAACGUGUGCCUGGAAAGUUUGGAGGAAGCUGUAGCAAAGAGCUAAACGGUAACAGCAGGAAACGCUGGUCAGCACUAUCUGGAGACAUGGGUUUGGUGACACCAGAUGCUGCAUUAGACAAGCUUCUAAGCUUCGUUCUGAUUACAGUAGUUCUCUUAAUAUACAUAAUCAUCUUAAUAAACACUUCAUGCGGUGUAAUAUGUAUUGCUGGAGCACAGAAUUUGGCUCUUAUUGAGCAGCAUUUGCAUGGCACUUACCAAGGGCUAUGUUUAUUUUUCCUCUUUAUUAUGAACCUGCUAUGCUUUUAUGCUGCAAAAAUCAAUAGACCACUAUACAGACAAACCCAGUUUUAUAUAUAUAUAUAUAUAUAUAUUGUCAUAAUAACAUCUGUACUUACACCUAUGUAUAAAGUAUUUCUGACCUGUAAAAUCCUGUUGUUAUUAGGAUAACAGGGUUUAUACAACUGGGGUGUGUAAGGGCCCUUUAGACAGAUAGCUCUGCAUUUUCACGUCUGAAUCUUCUUCAUUCUUUUCUUUCUAUAUUGCUGUGAUCCAAACCGCUCAGAGACAGAAAAUGACCUUAAUCAUUUUAAGUCAUGUAACAUACGUCAAUGAACUUAUAAUGUGAUCUCCAUCUUAAUCCAAGUCCUGAAUCCUUAUUUCCCAGCUGACCUGCUGACAUCUCUCUCGUCUUCAUCCAUUCUUCAUUUUCUUGAUUUGCUUGUCUCCUAAUGCAUGGGACUCCAACCCCUAUGUGCUUAUGUUGGCAAAUGGCCUAAGGAAGAGACUGAUGAGUCCUGUCUAUGUGGCAUGUUUGUUUCUAUCUACACUUUGAUUUAUUUUUUUCUAGAUAAAUGAUCCUGUUUUCUUCUUGUAUGGUGUACUACUAUGUAAGCAUUUCAGUCUUUUCAAAAGAAAAUAUAUAUGAAAAGCUCCUAUCCAUUGCUUCAGAUGUGGAGAAGGCAGACACUUCUCAUGGUGGACUUUAAAGCAAGAUUUAGAGGGAGCUGUACUAAGCAGUGAAAAGAGUGGGGAAGUGAGCCAGUGGAGAAGUUGCCAAUGGCAACCAAUCAUCUUCUCUGUAUAAUGUUAUAGUGGGCAACUUCUCCACUGGCUCACUUGUCCACUCUUUUCACUGCUUAGAACAUCUCUCCCUUUGUGGCCAAAUGAAUGAGCACAAAAUGGAUCUGCUUCCCACUAUUCCAGUCUGGAUAUAGAUGGAGGCUUGUAAUAUUUUCUCUGCUGUGACCGCUUCUGGUUAUUGCACCAAGCUUCUAAUAAGUAUAAACACACCCCUGACAUACUGCUUUGUACUUAGCUGCCCUCUUAUGUGUGGGGAUAACCUAUAACGCAUUCUAUAGAUUUGUGUGUUUUAGCAUCAUUUAAGCCAGAUUCCCUUUUUGCUGUGUUUCUGUGUUUAGAGAAAUCUCGUUGCAUAAUACUUAAUAAAGUAGCCAAUGGUCCCAUUCUAGCUAAUCGUUAUAAAAUACUAUGUUUACAUUUGUUCUAAUUAGAAUAGGUAAUCUCCCUAAUGGUGGCAUCUUUAAUUAUUCAUCUUUGAUUGUGUUUCAUUCAAAGACUCCAAUAAUAUUGAUGUUAUUCUAACACACUGCACUACUAUAAACAUCUAACAAUAACCUACCACACCCUAACAAUCUGUGCUACAGCUUAGAGAUAGACAUCGGAAGCAGCCUUCCGCCACUGAAACUUUCGAUAUGAUGUUAACUAACCAUCACUUCAAAAGAAUGUUGAUGAUUGAAAUGUUGCAAUGGUUCAUGCAUGCGCAGAACCUCAAGUUAGCGCAGUAGUAAUCCAUGGCCAUCCUUGAAGUUAAACAGUUGGAUUCAACUAUUUUAAUAAUGAAUGGCCAUCACUUACACACACAGUUUGAUGGCAGCUGCCAUUGGAAAGCCACCAUUGCAUAGUGGAAACACUACCAUGACAAGAAAGACAUUGGGGGUAAUUCCAAGUUGAUCGCAGCAGGAAUUCUGUUAGCAACUGGGCAAAACCAUGUGCACUGCAGGGGGGGCAGAUAUAACAUGUGCAGAGAGAGUUAGAUUUGGGUGUGGUGUGUUCAAUCUGCAAUCUAAUUUGCAGUGUAAAAAUAAAGCAGCCAGUAUUACCCUGCACAGAAAAAAAAUAACCCACCCAAAUCUAACUCUCUCUGCAAAUGUUAUAUCUGCCCCCCCUGCAGUGCACAUGGUUUUGCCCAACUGCUAAAAAAUGUCCUGCUGCGAUCAACUUGGAAUUACCCCCUUUGAUGGCGAUAAAACAUUAAACAUCGACAAAAACUACAGCUGUCACUUUUUUUUCUUUCUUUUUUUUCUUUUUUUUUUUUUAAGUAUUCAGAGUGUAGAAUAUUUAGCACUUGGAGUGUGCAGUGGUUUAUCAAAAGUAAACUGAAUUAUUAAUAAACACAAAGGAUCAGGAACAGUGUAACCAUCGUUAAAGCUGUCUUCCAUGGGUAAUAUAUGUCCAGUUCUAUACCCAAGUUAAUGCCCUGUGUUCUUAUGGGUGUCUCCUAAGAAGAACAUGAUGUGGAAAGCCUUGUUAUAGUUCAUCAAUGCCAAGAUGUAAGAAAAAAAAAUGCUUUUUUAUUUUCUGAUGAUUUGCAGCACGUGACAAUGCACACAUUCAUCACAUUUGUGAAUUGGAAUCUUGGUGUUCCUGAUACAGAACCCUCUUUUUGGCUAAGCUACAGUGAAGUAUUUCAAAAGGAAUUAUGGAAAGUAACGGCGUACAGAGAAAGUGUUCUGAAUCUUGUCGUAUGCAUAUAUUGUUUUAUCAGACUGUAUUUUAAAAUUAUUUUAUAGACACUGAGCCACGAGCGGUGUUCUGCCUCCAUUUCCACCGGGUACAAUUUGUAAAUUAAAUUACCUCAAUUAUUUAAUAUCUUUAUCUGUUUUUGAGGGGUAUCUAGUUUAAGUUAUUCAACACUUUAUUUUAAAAAGCAAAUAAUAUAUGAUGUACAGGUAGGAUAUGGAAUUGUUUUGGAGGUUUUUGUGUUUUUGCUUUUAAUGCUGCUAAAACUUGAUAAUUUAGAUACGACUAGGCGUUUUUAACAAAACUUCUAAUGUAUGUAUAAAAGUGUACAUAGAAUUGUUCUUGAAUAAAUGCCUUUGAAUAAUA